GCAAUCGCAAAGAAGAAACAAAAAUACUUCUGUAUUUGAUGAACAGUUAUUUUAAUGCUUUAUAAAUGGCUUUGCUACGAGAUGCUGCUCGUGAAGCGUCUCAAAGUCUUCCUUCCAUCGGGCUUAUUGGUACAGGAUACGAGAUUCGAUGCGUUGUACCCGUGCUUCGUUCUCUUGGCUUUACUAUUGCGGCUGCAUGGGGGAAUAAUGCAGUCAAAGUGAAAAGUAUGGCAGAAUGUUUGAAUAUUCCUUUCUACACAACAAAAAUCGACGACCUUCUCGUGCGAAACGAAGUAGAUCUUGUUUGCGUGUUUUGCCCGCUUCAUCAGAGGGCGGAUGCCACAGUUAAGGCUUUGUUGAUUGGCAAUGUCUUGUGUGAAGGACCUGCUGGCUUGGACAGGUAUGAUGCCCAAAGGAUGGUGGAUGCAUCGCAAUAUUAUCCCAAACUUUUGUCCCUAAUAGCUUACAACCUUAGGUACUUACCAGCAUUUGUAAAAAUGCGAGAGUUGAUUUCAGAAGGAUAUUGUGGUGAACUUGCCAUAUUUGACUGUCGAUUGGAGAUGGGGUCGUUGCUUGGCGACAAUUACAACUGGUUAUGUGACCAUGUCACAGGAGGUGGUGUCCUGAAUAUACGAGGCAGCCACUUCAUUGAUCUGUCUCAAUAUCUCACUGGUCAAAAGGCAGUCGAGGUUCACGGUGUUUUGAAAACUUUCAACAAACACACGGAGAAGAUAAAUGGUUUCCGACACAUAACCAGCGAUGAUUUCACUUGCUUUCAAAUGAAAUUGGAAAAAGGUUGUUUUGCGAAUGUUUCACUGAAUACCUUGAUGCCCGGAAAAUUCCAACAAGAAGUGACAGUAGCUGGUACUAAAGGUCGACUUGUUGUACGAAAUGGUGAUCUGUAUGGCAUGAGUAUGGACCAAUCAUCUGAGGAGAAACUGCUGUACAAAGAAACUGGACGUGCGCAUGCACUUCCUAAUAUUGAAAAUCCACCUGCUGACAUCGAUAUGUUAGCAUUUGAGGCAUGGCUUCAAGAUGUAAAAAAAUCAUUCCUAUGUUUCCAGGACCAUCGAAGUUCUAACCUUGAUGUUGUAGCAAAAGCAGCUAAAUUUGAUGAUGGUUUCUAUGUCAGAGCUGUUUUGGAUGCUAUCAUCCAAUCAAACAACACGCAGGAAUGGGUGAAAGUGGUCCUGGAGCGGCCAAAUGUUAACAAGCAAAAACAAUUUUAGAGCAAUGGGGUAAAGAAACAUGCCAGCACAGGGCAAUUGGAUAUUUUUAGUUAUUUAAAUAUACUUGCACAAAUGUACAUGUUGUAAAAAGCAUUCAUUAUCUACGAUGACAUUAAAUUAUCAUGUUUAUUCCAAUA